AUGCAGUUCCUCGCAGAGCCCGCACCCCCAGGCAGUCGAAUCCCAACCGCGACGCUAAGCAAUCCCCUCCCUCCCUCCCUCCAAGACACGUUCCCCCGCCUCGUCAUCAACGGCCAGGCCGAGGCCGCCGACUGGUCCGUGACGCGGCAGACCAAGAACGCGCAGUCCAAGCAGGGCAUCGAGAACCCGACCGUGGCCGACAUACGCUGCUACCAGUCGCGCACGGCGCCAAACGUGGCGGCGGUGCCCGCGGGCGCGCGGGUCCACUACGUCUCGACGCAGCAGAUCAACCACCCGGGCCCGACGCAGUACUACCUCGCCAGGGUGCCCGCGGGCCAGAGCGCCAAGACGUGGGACGGGUCCGGGGCCGUCUGGUUCCGCUUCUCCACCAGCGCCACGCCGACGGUGGACAAGAAUAAGCAGCUGUUUUGGCCGGGGCAGAACGAGUACAAGACCGUCGAGGCGACCAUCCCACCCAGCACGCCAAGUGGCGAGUACCUGCUCCGGGUGGAACACAUCGCCCUGCACAUGGCCUCCCAGGCCAACAAGGCCCAGUUCUACCUGGCAUGCUCCCAGAUAAACGUCACGGGCGGGGGCAGCGGCAAGCCGGCGCCCCUGGUCGCCUUCCCGGGGGCCUACAAGAGCCAGGAUCCCGGGAUUCUAGUCAACCUCAACAACGUCGCCAGCCAGCCAGCCGGAUACGUCGCCCCGGGGCCGGCGGUUUGGAAAUCCUGA